AUGUCGUCUCCUAGUCCAGGAAAGAAAAGAAUGGACACAGAUGUUGUCAAAUUAAUCGAGAGUAAGUACGAAGUGACAAUACUAGGUGGUUUAAACGAGCUUAUGGUAAAAUUCUUUGGACCUCCAGAAACUCCAUACGAGGGUGGGAUUUGGAAGGUUCGUGUUGAUCUUCCCGAACGAUAUCCUUUCAAAUCUCCCUCAAUUGGAUUCAUGAACAAAAUAUUCCACCCGAAUAUUGAUGAAGCGUCUGGUACAGUUUGUCUUGAUGUCAUAAACCAACAAUGGUCUGCUCUUUAUGACUUAACCAAUAUUUUUGAGUCUUUCUUGCCACAGCUUUUAGCAUAUCCAAAUCCUACAGAUCCACUUAAUAGCGAUGCUGCUUCUUUGUUUAUGUUCAAACCCUCAGAGUAUGUCACAAAAGUAAAAGAAUAUGUCCAACGUUUCGCAAGUGAAGAAGCUUUAAAAGCUGAAGAGAAUAGAGAAGCUGAGUCUAGUUCCUCAGAUGGUGAAAGCUCUAUGUCAGACUACACGGAUGAUAUGGCUAGAGAUAUGGAGCUAUGAUACUAUCUUUUGUAGGAGUGGAAAUGCACUAAGAUUGGUCUAUGCUCGCUACCGCUCUGCUUUCAUGCCACAAAUUAUAAUUUCAAAAGUAAAACAAUAAUUAUCAUUACUAUUAUUAUUAGUUACUGCUAUCACUUAUUCUUGUAUUGGUAGUUUAAAAGAUGACACUCUAUCCUCUAUUGGUUCCUCUUCGAACUUCUCUUAACC